AUGUCUACACCCAAGGCAGACAGCCGCCGCUCGCACGUAACUCAAGCCUGCACGAAAUGCCGACAGAGGAGGGGCAAGUGUGACGGUGAACGACCUACAUGUGGAUCCUGCAAGAAGCGCGGAUUUGACUGCGAUUGGCCCCAGCGGAGAGAUGGGAGGGUUGGGAACGGUCUCAGCCAGCGUGUAGUGGAACUGGAGGCUGAAGUAGAGCGGUUGAACUCCAUCAUCUCACAGCAUGGGCUUGACGAAUCAUCGACCGCUGCGCAACUCGCAGAUGACGCUAUUUUGGAGCAAUCUAGUCAUAAAACAGAGAGCGAUGAGGCCGACAGCGACGCGGCUGGAAUACUCCCAAGCAUGUCCAGUAGACUACAUCCUGAUCUUGUGACUGACGUACAUGCACACUUACUGCAUUGCUUCUUCUCUCAUCUCAAUGGAUUCAGCGCAUAUGUCAACGAGAAUGAGUUCAGGCUAGGCUUAGAACAGAGCUCGUCAGGGCAAACAGGGAUCAACAUGUUGAACGAAUCUGGCAGUGAUAAUGGCUAUUCCCUCAUGUUACACUACUGUAUUCUCGGGCACGCAUGCCACAUAUCAGAGGAGAACCAUCCGGCAAUAAUAGGUGCCCGAACUGGAGGAACUAGAGGCCUGCCAUUUCUCCAGGCUGCACUCGCCUUAGUUGGCGGUGAGCUGGAAAGGAAGCCCACUCCGUCCACUGUGAUAGCGGUUACUCUUCUCUUUGGAUUGCUUAAUGACGCGGGAAAGUCAUCCAUGGCCUGGCUAUACUCUGGUGCUUUGCUUAGCCUUUGCUGGCCGAACCAACUUUAUGAGGAACGGGUCAUACAGCGAGCAACGAUUUCCAUAGCGGGAAUUUACGGUCAAGUCAUGGAAGGUCUCUAUGGGCUCACUAGGCCUCUUGGUCUGUCCAUGGGUGAAAUCCAAGGAAUUCGGAACGAUUUGGAUCGAUGGCAAGAUUACCGUGAGCCUUACCUUGAGCCGAAUGGCGAAAGCGAAGCCAUGUCGCAGUUAUUAAACCCGAAUAACUCGAUUCCGCCUCAUGUGUUAUGUCUUGAGACCCUUGAAGGCGAAAAACACUUUGCCGCGGCUCUUUCUACGGUCAAGGUGCUGCAGAUAUUCCACCAGCGAUACGGCAUGGGUCGAGGUUACCAAACCUUUUCUCAUGUCUCCUUCUCCGCAGCGUCCACGCUAAUUCUUGUCCUUGCGGAUCUAUAUGACCAACCCAAAUAUGAACAGGAACUGGAGAAAGCGACGGCCGCCCUCAACGAGCUCCUGGGCUUAAUGAGGAUUCUGUCAGAAUCAUGGGGCCUAGCAGGGCAAUGUGUCCAGGCCGUGACGGAGAUGCAAAAUGAAUACGCAGUAGCUGUGGACAAUAUACCCAAGUUCCCAGCUGAAUUUGAUAUAAUGAACUUCCAAUCAGCUGCGACUUUGCUUGAUAUAAGUCAACUAGAGAGCAUGGUAUUUGGAAUUUAG